AUGGAUGUUGACGCUGCGCCCGUGGGGCAGAUCGUCCAGGUGGUCGACCCUGAAGUCCGCGCAUACGUCUACAGUCUCGUUACUGCGCUCGGUGGUUUCAAUGGUGAGGAUGCCUCAAAAUAUUGCCUGGGAGACGAUGCGCUGGCUUGUCUACGCGAUAUCAAGAAAUGGCUCAAACUGUACGACGAAAAGACCAACCGCAUGGACGUAGCGAGAUGUCUGGGAGAAGCGAACCUCGUGAACGGAGAUCUCCUGCCAAUUCUCUCCUUAUGGUGGGAAUCCGGUCAGAACAACAAGCACCUGUCUCGGAUUGCAUUGGCAUGCUUGGAAUUGCUCGUUCCUUUGACAUGGCCGGUCGAGGUGCACGGCCAGAUGACAGUGAACCACCAUCGUCAUACCCCAUAUCUCCAACAAGCGCAAGUUCUCUAUAAGCGUGGGAUCCUCAGCAACCACAAUGGCGUGGGCAUACUUCGGGCUGUAAUCCGAAUCGGUCUGCCCAGCAUGGCUAUCCCCAGAUCCGAACGGACUGCACGGGACGAAGGUAUCCUCAAGCUGGUGCUGUACCUGUUUCGCAAUGUGGCAAUAAUUACCCCGUCCGCACGCCUGGCUGCGGAGGGUGACGAGGAGGAAACGUCGAGAUCCGCGACUAUCAACGCCUUCCAAGAACAAGAUGUCUUUGCGCUUCUGCUCACAAUGUGCUCCAAUGUGGGAGAGGACUUUAGUUUUCAAGAUGUGAUCAUCCUGGAGAUACUCUUCCAUCUCGUGAAGGGUGUGGAUGUGGAAAAGCUUUUCAUGGACGACGCUCAACGCAGCGUCAAACGAAAGGACGAACUCGGAGAUCUUUUGAAAAAAGAAGCUAGUCUGAAAAGAGAAUAUGCAAAGAACGCACCAACGCGACAUGGUCGCUUUGGCACGAUGAUCUGGGUGAAACGGGAUGACGCAAAGGUCUCGACCGUUUCGGGUCAGGAGAUUCUCAAAGAUAGCCAGGCUACACUGCAUAAGAUGGAUCAGACUAAAAAAUGGAACCGGCCCAAGCCACGUCGGAGAGUAGAGGUGGAAGCCUCCAGUAACGACUUCAACACGCCAACGCACCUCACAUCCGCUGCGACGAAGAACCUCCGGACCUUUGUUGAGGAAUUCUUGGAUUCAGGAUUCAAUCCUCUCUUCACCCACGUUAGGAAGGCGAUUGAGCGUGAAGCCGAUCGGGUCCUCGAUAUCAAUACCAGACAGUUCUUCUAUCUGGUUGCGUGGUUCCUCGAAGCUGAACGCGUCCGCCGCCGACGACAACGAGAGCAGCAUGAAAAGAAUAAAGGAACAUCCAAAGAAAUUGACCCGGAUAGCUUUUCUCUGGUUGCCGGCGUUCUGAAUCAGGAGACCUUCGUGUUUUUAAAUCGCGCGAUGCAACACAGCUUUGACAACAAAGACUGGCAGGACCUCAACGCGACCAUGCGGUGUUUCACGCAGAUAUUAUUGACAGUUCAAGAGAUGUCCUGGUCGCCGCUGGAAGAGGACCAGGAAAUCGCCGAAAACAUUCAAAAUCGAAUUUUCUACGAAGAGACUACUCAUGAUCGAGUUGUUUCUAUCGUGCGGGGAUACAAAGACCAAGGGUUUGGCUAUCUGGAUGCGUGCACCGAGCUUGCGCACGUCUUCUUGAGAAUGCUAGAAAACUAUUCCAAGCAGAAUGUCGACAUGCAGGUCCGGUCCCGUCGACGGGCCAGAAGAAAGAAGCAGCCGGAAAAAUCUACGGACGACAAUGACGAGGAGAACGAUGAGGAGCAGGAUUCAGCGGCGGAAGACCUUGUUGAUGCAGCUCGAGUGUCGAAGGAGCGCAAAUUCGAUUUCAGCCGAUUUGCGGCCAAAUUCUGCAAUCAAAAGGCUGUCGAUACAUUCGUGGCGUUCACUCACUUUUACCGCGAUCUAAAUGACGAGCAGCUAAAGCGGGCACAUCGAUUUUUCUACCGCAUUGCGUUCAAGCAAGAGAUGAGCGUCCUCCUUUUCCGCGUCGACAUCAUGAACCUCUUCUACCGGAUGAUCAAGGGGCCGGGAGCACUCGAUUCUAGCAAGCCUAUAUUCCGAGAAUGGGAAGAAUUCGUUCGACGGCUCAUCAGGAAGUUGAUCAAGAAGAUUGAGCAACGUCCUGAAUUGAUUACGGAAAUGUUGUUCAGCAAAAUCAAUUCCACCUUAUAUUACCUUGAGUAUGGGCAUGAGAAACAGACAAUAUCUACCGGAACGAGGCCGCCAGCUGAGUUGGAGGUCCAUCCAAGGGCAGCGACGACAUGGGAUGAAAAGCUGGCCAUAGUUGUUGCAGCUUUAGUCAUGGAUGGUCGGGCAGAUCUGGCAAAAUGGAUCAGCGAUGUCUUGGAUUCCGCUGCAAAUGAACGGAGUUCAUGGGAAGCUGGAGAUGAAGCUCGACGAGCGGAGUCGCCGGACGCGUUCGUGGCUCCCAAUCCGAUGAUUGAGGUGAAGCCUCCAGAUGACACAAUUCGUACAGCCAUGUUUAGGAACGCUCGACUCCGCCUUCUCAUGACGUUAGCUGGAUUCGAACGGCUUGGGGCUGAAGACGUUCUGGGCGCUUCAUGGGUAGUUCCGUCGGCGCUUAGAUCGAGCGAGCUCCGGGAUAUCAAGGCAGUCAUUGACAAGAAUAUCGAGAAUCCAGUUAGUGAGGUCAAUGGAGAGGAUCCACGUCAGCAACUUCGACGGAAGCACACCGGAGAGUCCAGAGAAGCCCACCGGCAGACAACGCUAGAUGUCAACUUUGGAUCCGACUCGGAGGGCGAGGAUAAUGUUCCUGAUGGACCGCUGUUCCCACCUAAUAUUCGCACCAGGUCGAAUGCUUUGGAGGGAUUGAAAAAGACGCGUCGAAAGCGCCGUCAAGCUGAUGAUGAGGAGAAGGAGCCGCUAGAUGAAGCUGUGCUGGAAGAACGCCGUCGCAAGCGGGAGGAGAAAGCUCGGGCGCGGGAGGCCAAGAUAAAGAGCGAUCUGUUCAUUCAUGCUAGCGACGAAGAAACCGACGAGGAGGCCGACAGCGAAUUUUUCAGACGUGAGGAGGAGACUAGGAAGGCGCAGGCCCAACGAAGCGUCGACGCUCCACCACGCUGGACGUGGACGGGGACGAAUGACAGCGAUGAUGAUAUCCAGAUGAUGACAAGUCUCAUGCGGUCGCCUUCCCCGAGACCGGCUUCGACCAGCCAGGGAGAUGCGGAAGAAGAUACUCCCCCGACGUCUGCUGAGGACGAUCUCGAUUUUGAUGACAAUCUUGCCUUCAAUAAGCACCGGUACCAGGAAAGCGUAGGAAUCGAGAAGACCGCUCCUGCUGGAUCAGGAGCUGGAAGUGACAACGAAGACGAUGCGGAUGUUCCUGUUGCUGCGCCAUCUCGAAGGCGUAUGAGAGCGGGAUUUGUGCUUGACAGUGAUUCGGAGUAG